CAGCUCACUCGGUUCUCCUGCGCCAGCAGCAGCAGCAGCGGUGUAUGUGUGUGUCACCGAGGCUGGGCUGCCGCUCGGAGUCAUCCCGAACACCCAACCAGUGGACUCAAGCUGGUAUUGGGGAAUAAGGGGCCGCCCCGGCGAGUUAUACACCACACUAACCCUCAGGUUGGACCCCACGCCUCUCGUUCGUCACCCUCCAUCCUCCUGAUGUCGGAUUUUAAGCUCGGGAUCGUACGGCUUGGCCGUGUGGCCGGGAAGACAAAAUACACUCUAAUUGAUGAGCAGGACAUACCACUGGUGGAAAACUAUGCCUUUGAGGCACGCAUGGAGGUCGAUGCUGAUGGUAAUGGAGCUAAGAUCUUCGCUUAUGCUUUUGACAUUGGUAAAGGCCGCUGGGCAGGGAGGCCGCUGCAUGAGUUGCUUUGGGAGAAACACAGAGGAGGCAUUGCACCCAGUUUUCAAGUCAUUCACAUCAACUCUGUAACGGUGGACAACAGGCUAGACAAUCUACGACUGGUGCCAGUGGGCUGGAGCCCCAAGCCAGAAGAGAUUUCUAGCAAGCAAAGAGAGCAGUCCCUGUACUGGCUGGCCAUCCAGCAGGUGCCGGCUGACCCGGUGGAGGAGCAGUAUCUGGAGCUAAGCCGCACACGCUACUACAACGCUAACGGGGAGCUGGUGGAGGAAGAGGAGUGCUCUUGUACCUACUACGAGUGUCAUUAUCCUCCCUGUUCACUCAUUGAGAGGAGGCUGCGGGAGUUCAACAUCUGUGGUCGCUGCCAGGUGGCGCGUUACUGUGGCUCCCAGUGCCAGCAGAGGGACUGGCCCGCCCACAAGAAGCAGUGCCGCGAGCGCAAGCGAGUGCUGGCCCUGGAGUCGGAGCCCGAACGAUGAUCCGCCUUCAUCCUCACCUGGGAGAGGAUGGAAGGAGUAUGGAGGGGUAUGAAGUGCAAAAUGGGGAAAAUUUGCUGAGGAGAGACUUAACAACAGAGGACAAUGUUGCUUAAUCUAUUGGAUUUGGGGGAGGUAAAGAAGACAGAGGAGGGAGAAUUAAGCAAAAAGACAUCUGCCACUUCCCAGAACUGGUAGUUCUCCAUAGCUUGCUUUUCAUUUUGAUGACGGGAAAAGUGUACUAUUAUUAUUAUUAUUAUUAUUAUUAUUGUUAUUAUUAUUAUAAUAAUUAUUAUUUUGUUUGUUUUUGUGUUUUGUUUUGUUUUUCUCGAGGAGGCAGACCCUUGAGAUCUACCUGCUGCUAUGGUUUUGUAUGUGGGGGAGGGGAGGGUGGGAGUUGUCUUGUUGACAGACUGGACAUGCUGCUCUGGACCACAGUUUGAACAUGGGACAGUUUUCGUCAUCCACUUGUGUUCCUCCACCGGGCUGCUGGGUGUGGUGACGAUGUACCUUACCGGGGGAAGGGGGAGGGGACCCAGGGGCUACAGUACCAGUCGUUGAGCUGGUACAAUUGGACAUGGACCUUUUCACUGUAUUGCUCCCUCUCUGACCUCGCUGGUGUGCAUGGCUGCCGUCUUCAUGGUCAUCAGCACCCACGCCGCCUCAUUGUCUGUCGUCCUCACCAUGCAGCCAGCCAAGACACACAUUAAAUAGAUUUCACUGAUUGAACCUCACUACCAGUAUUGUGUGUGGUUGUGUGGGUGGGUGUGUGUGUGUGUGUGUGUGUGCAUGUGUGUAUAUAUGUGUGCUUGUGUGUGUGUGAGUGUUCUGCCAAUAUGUACUGAAGGACGUUGAAAUGGUUAACAUGGGUAAUGGGUUAGAUUAAUGUUCUGUUCUUAUGGGGCCAUAUUCCACACUUUUAAAUUUCAUAUUUAAUCAUAAACUGGUGGGUUACAAAUUUUCACUGUUCUGUAAUAAAGUAGUUGCCAAGUAAAGGCUUUAUUUUUUUUCUAGCAUUCUUGACCCAUUAAUUAUUUCGAAUCAAUUUAUUCUAGCCUGUUUUGCCACUUAAGAUGUAGUACGAUUUUCAAUGCCAAAAGUAUUAGAACAAUUUUUGCAGUUCAUUUAUUAAAGACAUUGUCCCUGGUUUAUUUGGUACUUUAGUAGAGUUUUGUUAUGAUGGGGAAAAAUUGAAAGCGCUUUCUAUGGAAACAACAUGGAGGAAAUUGUCUUUACCAAAGUGUGCUCUUCCUCUGUGGUUUGGUACUGGUUGAUCUGGUGUGAAUCCCUCCAGUCAGUCCUCACUUAGCUGGGGUUUUAACACAUGCUUGUCUUCUUAACUGUAUUUUUUGUUUUUAAUUCACAUCUGCAGGUUUGUGGUGUGGAGGCUGGGUAGGGGCGGGGUGUUUUCUUAUGCGGGGGUUUACUCUUAAGGUUAUUUUUUUGAAGAAAAUUCUAUCAAUGGAGCUAUAUUUAUUUAAAACCCUUUGAUUGUGAAACUUGCUUUUGUCCUGUUUGAUAUUUGAAGGCUGAUGUGACGAAUGGUGGACAGUGUGCGACCUUGCUGUCUCAUCUUUUUAAGGCGAGGAGGGUAAAUUUCACCUCUCUCACUUGUUUUAUUUGUCCUUUUGUGAUUCUGAAUGAAAAGGAGUGGAUGAAUGAAUCCUCACUGUUUUCCCUUCCAGAUGUUCUAUGUAAACACUGCACACCUUCAUGGUCACUAAAAUCUUCCACACAAGAGACGCCUUGGAGUGUGAAACUUGAAUUACACCCGUAGUUUUCAAUAUUGUUGGUUGUCUGGACAGAACAGUUUCCAGCUAUUUUUUUUUCCUAAAACACGACAGUGAAAUUGUUCCAAGUCGGUUUUCUUUAAUAGCCUGCCUUCCUUGUAUUACUCUCGGUGAUCACCUUCUUUGACAUGUCCUCCUGUGUCUGUAGCUGAGGAGCCCAGACACUUAUUACGCAUGUAGGGCUGCAACUAACGAUUACUUUCACUAUCCAUCGAUCUGUCUUUCAUGUUAUCGAUAAAUCAGGUCGUCGGUUGGUCCAUAAAAACAUCAGAAAGUGUUAAAAUGUUGAUCGGUGUUUCCCAAACCUUUGAAAUAAUGACAUUCUCAAAUGUCAUGUUUUGUCCACACUCCAAAGUAUUCAGUUUUAAAGUCACUCAAACUCAUGAAUUGAUAAUCAUCAACAAUCGAUCGCUUGUUUCAGCCCUAUCUGCAUGUAAUUCACACACGCACAUGCGACUUGUUGAUUGUUUCUUUUGUAUAUGUGUGUCAACGGGUUUUCAACACUGCACUAAAACUUGGCUACCGUGUUAGCAUUUUUGUCAAAGAUGGGUUUACAGGAGGGGCGUGAUUUGGACAAAGUGUACAGAUUGUGUCUGAAAUCUUUUUUUUUUGUUUUGUUUUGUAAGAAUAUACGCAUUAAUCACCCUAGAAAUAAAGAGCUACAAUAUGUGAAUGGAAGUACAGUUGGGGAUAACUGACCGUUGCUUUUCCAAUGUAAAAUGAUAAUAAAUAAAAUGAAACCUCA